AUGCCUGUUCCACCGCAAAUGGCUCCCUUGCCCAUCGCCAGGCUAGCUGCCUAUCAACGUCCCUUGACUUACGUCGGUAUGGACUACUUCGGGCCCUUUUUGGUUGCUGUAGGUCGGCAAAGCGAAAAAAGAUGGGGCGUUAUUUUCACCUUCCAAAUCGUACGGGCAGUGCAUAUAGAACUGGCGUGCUCUUUGGACACUGCAUCGCGCAUAAUAUGCAUCCGAAACUUCAUCAAUCGGCGCGGGACCCCAAGAGAAAUUUACAGCGACAAUGGCACUAACUUCAUAGCUGCCGAAAAGAUUAUCUGUGACAAAGCGCAGACGAUCAACUUUAACGCCGUGCAACCGGCGUUCGAUGAUAUGAAAUGA